UGUUCACCUUGUUGUCGCAUUUCUUCCAUCCGCUCUCGUUUUUUCCUCUCUCGCCUUAAGUCACUUUCAUCAUGGCUAUAACGGAUUACAUGUCAAGCACGGCCCAGCAAGGCUCAACCAUGGACCCUAUGUGCGGCGGAAUGGAGCUGACUCGCACCCAACGGUUCUACGGCUUUGGAAUAUGUUUUACCCUUGGUUUCGUCAUAUCUCUCCUUUCCUCAAUAUUGUUGACCUUUGGAGCAAUAGCCGGGUUUGCGGUUCUCUAUACCACUGGCAACAUCAUAUCCUUGGUAUCAACAGGAUUUUUGGUGGGAUUCAAAACACAAUUUAAGAAAAUGUUUGAUGCAACGCGGUUAACGGCGAGUAUCAUUUUUCUUGUGACGAUGGUGACAACAUUGGUCGUUGCGUUCACCCUCGAAAACGUGCUAUUGACCCUUCUGUGCUGCUUCAUCCAAUUCUUGGCUUUGUUCUGGUAUUCCUUGAGUUACAUUCCAUUUGCGCGGGAUUUAGCAAAGAAGAUGUGUGGGGGAGUAUUAGGGGCAUAGACGAGAUGAUUCAUGUUGGAUUUUGGAACCGUGUAUUUCUUCUGUCUCCCUGUCAGUCAUUCAAUCAAUCAACAGUAUCACUUGCAUGUACGCAGUUUUGUAAACGGCGGCUGCAUAAAUAACUUGAGGAUUUGGGUCGAAGGUAGGGCGAAUUCAAAGAUAGUGCUUUGAGACUUGAUGUUCCAGGAUUGAAGGCGUAAAUACAGUGAGUUGAUCCCGUUAUAGUUCAAUAAUACACAUACUGUACUGUAUUCAUUUGUACAUUACUACCUCCCUUCACCAUUCCAAAAUACAGUUUUCUCGAAUUAAACAAUA